UACAAGGCAAUCAGCCUCCGGUACUCCACUCCGGUGCUUGUGUGUGUGCGUUAUAGACUGCACUAGCUGCAGUGUUUUUUCGUAUAUCAGUACACCAGUUCAGUACACCAUUGGUAGUUCGGGCCAACAGGCUUUGCUACACCUACGUGACUUUACGUGCAAAGGCGGGUUACGAGGUGAUUUGUCAGGUUUUAGGUCUAGCAUCAUUUUUGCAGAUGGAGCGACGAAGAACUUCUUUCUGUAGCCAUCAGACACGAGGAGCGCGCGAGAAAUGGAAAAUAUCUAGGCAAACAGCGCGGGAGCCACCCGCGGAAACAAUCCCGUGCGCACACGUAGGCACGGGAAGGAACAGAGGAGACGUUCUAGAGGCGUCGCGAGCGCCAACCCCCGAACCUUCUCCAAAUCUCCAUUCCCCCCUUUCUUAACACUCGCCGCCGCCGCCGCCGCCACAGAACUCCCACACGACAUCCACUCCCUUCGCCCUGCUCUGGAUUGAGUGAUUAGCUUCUCGAUUCGAUCAGCACCGGGGCCAGCCGAUCGAUGGACGUGGACUCGGCGCCGGCGCUGAAGAGGAAGGGCGCGGACGCGCCGGAGCUGUGGCUGGACGACGACGUCGGCCCUGGGUUCCCGGUCGCCUCCCGCGCCACCAAGAUCCGCCGCCUGGACCCGGACAUGAUGCCCGUCGUGCCCGGCGCGUUCGUGCCGCCACCGCCACCGGGAACGCAGCUGCCUGUGGCAGGCUUCGGGGUGGUGGAGGAGGCGCCGAUGUGCGGCGACGUGGCGGUGGUGCCGGUGGACAUGGCGACGGCGCCGCCGCUGCCGGCGAACGAGGAGCGGGCGAUCGUCUUGUACCGGCCCGCCGAGGCCGAGCGCAGGCUGCUGCUCGGCCCGCUCCGGCCGGGCGGCCAUCUCCGCGUCAGCCCCGAGUGGAUCCAAGCGCUCAACGGCACGACGCUGCAGGAGGCGAGCAGCCGCCGCGCGCUGUUCGAGGGGCUCGCCGGAGCCGAGAGCUCCAACCUGGCCAUGGUCCCCUGGGCGCCGCCCCGCGCCCAGGCGGCGUCCAUGGCCGAGGAGAUGAUGGAGGCCGAGGACGGCGAGGGCGCGUCCAUGGAGGUGGAGCAGGACAGGGCCGAGCAGCAGCUCCCGAUGCCCCAGUGGCCGCAGCAGCAGCAGCACUACAUGGUGCAGCAGCAGCCGAUCCCGGUGGCGUGGUCAUUGUGAAGUGCCGCCGGUGUAGUGUCUGGAGGAGAAUCCGUAGGUGCAGGUGUCGGUAGUAGACUAGUAGUUUUGGUCUGCGCCACUGCUCUGGUUUCCAUGGUGCGAGCAGAUGAGGUGCGGAGAGCAGGAGACGGCCAGAUGACACCGUCCGGUUUAGCGGGAGGGGGCGACGGUGGUCUCGUCAGUAGGUCCGAACACUAGACAGGAGAAUGGAUGGAUAGCCUUCCAAGGGCAGCAAGAUCAGUGUGGUUCUCUUCCAUUUUUGUUUGGACCAGAGCAAGAGGAGGUGUUUGUUGUAUCCUUGGGCCGUCCAUGGCAUGAUCCUCUAUCGUUUGUUCAAUCGAGCCCCAAAGUCACAGAAAAGUUUACCAAAAAAGUAGUCCUAGUUGUGUGCAUUU